CGCGCCGUCCGCGCGCCGGGAUCCGUGCGGCUCUCCGGGCCGCCUGCCAAAGGGUGCCCGCCCCCCUCCCCCCGUGAAGUAGGAUCCUUGAGCUGCGGCGGCGGCAGCCAACUGCUCCAUAUUUGGCUUCUAUUACACAUUUACAUACUGGAGCGAGCGAGCGAGCGAGGAGGGAGGGCGGGCGGGCGAGAGGAGGGAGGAGGGAGGGGAGGGGAGCGGGAGGAGGAGGAGGAGAGAGCAGAGUAUACCGCAGACAUCAUUUCUACUACAGUGGCGGAGCCGUACAGGACCUGUUUCACUGCAGGGGGAUCCAAAACAAGCCCCGUGGAGCAGCAGCCCGAGCACCAGCAGCCUCAAGACAUUGUUUCUCUCCCUCUGCCCCCCCUUCCCCACGCAACCCCAGAUUCUUUUACACUUUACACAACCUAUUGUGUCUUUCUCUUUGGAUUGCCUCUCGUGCACUUCCUGGGCCAUCGCAGCAGCAUCGUGUGGCAAGUCACCAAGGUGGUCCAUUCACGCUGCAGACUUCUUGGUCAUCCUUGUACAGCAGCCUCCUCCUGCGUCACCGCCACAGGGAAGUGCAUUGCCUAUCAGGUCACAGAGAGUGCUGGUGGACAUCUCUUCUUGCCCCAAGAUCUUCAUCAGAAGUCCUCUGGACUUGGUGGUAUCUUUGGCGUUCAAAGUAUAUAUGAACUCGCCAGGAGGCAUAAUGCCUCGCCGUUUUAUUUUGGGCCACCCUAAAGGAUGACACCCAGCUUCAGAGACCUCCUCUUGGACAUCAUUCCUGAGGAACACUGUUUUAGCUCUCCCAGUAUCUGACGUUUAUUCCGACUGAUUUUGAGCUGGCUAAGGCUUAGUCAUUGAACGGCCAGAACGAUGAUAUAUGUUCUGCCUGAUCAGUUUGCAGCUACACACCUUCGUCACUUGCAGAGUGGCGACUCCCCCUGAGCCCAUUGUUGAAUCUUUACACAAAGAUCCUAGAAAAAAGGCACCAAUCCAUUCUUUCCGUCUUGAUGUUUGCCCGCAGGCAUAGUCCCGGGAUGACCUGGAGCAGAGGCAGUGGAGGAUAAAUUCAUUGUGCACAGACUCGCCCAUGCUAGUUCUAGCAGUCUCGCUCCACAGAUCUAGCUUUGAAAUACUGGAGUGAUUGGUUUUGUGCAGGAAUGCGUGGAUUGUUGAACUGAAACAAUUUUCUCCCUGCAUGUCUAGUGUUUACAUAAGCAGAUGUAAGAAAAAAUAUUCUGUUACUGAUUUAAAUAGCAGGGCUUAUGAAGGUCCCUGGAGCCCUGGUGGCACGGUGGUUAAGAGCUCAGCUGCUAACCAAAAGGUCGGCAGUUUGAAUCCAUCAGCUGCUCUUUGGAAACCCUAUGGGGCAGUUCUACUCUGUCCUAUGAGGUCUCUAUGAGUCGGAAUCGACUCGAUGGCAACAGGUUUGUUUUAUGAAGGUCUCUAGGUGGCACAAAUGGUUUGUGAUCAACUGCUACCCUAAAGGUUGGGAGUUUGAACCCACCUACCUGUGUCUCAAAAGAAAUGCACCUCAAAAGAAAGGCCUGGCAAUCUGCUUCCAUAAAAGAUCCCAGCCAAGAAAAAACCCUAUGGAGCAGUUCUACUCUGUAACACAUGGGGUCGCCAUGAGUUGGAAUUGACCAGAACAGGGUUUUUUUUUUUUUAAUUUUUGAAAAAAUUUAUAAGUGCUUAAAAAUGGUGUAGAAUAAAAAUGUAGGUUUUUUUUGUUUUGAUUAUUAUUACAAGUUGGAACACAACUAACAGGUGUAUAUUCAUGUUUUGUCAGGAAAGGGUCAAAACUAAAAAUUUGCAACAAAGACCAAACUAGAAUAGAACAAACGCAAACAGAAGCUGACAAAUUUAUGCCCCUUGUUGGGAGUUCAGCUCAUGGAAUGUUAUGUAGGACAAAAGGAAUGGAGGAGACAUUUCAGUAACAUUUUGUUCCCUGUCAAAAGCCUUCUGAAAUAUAAAUCUGCUGUGUAUUGGAGAAUGGAUACAGCAAUUGAUUCAAGUUGAAUAGCUUUCAUUUAACGAGAAUAUCAGAAAGCAGUUCUUGUUCUGACAACCAUAUGUGUGCUCUCCUUGACCUAAAGAAAAUUGAAUUCGUGUUUACAUAUCUUAUAGGAUUGCUUUAUAGGCAAAGACACAGGUCAAAUCUCAUCACAGUGGCUAUUGUUAUAGCAAAUAGAAACAUUUCUAAAUGAAAUAAAAACAUUUCUAAGCCAUGGCCGGUGGCCCAUGGUAAUAAUACUAAGCGGGUAUUCCGAAACCAUUUGCAAAUAUAGAUAAUUCAGUGGUAGGUGUGCUUUUUAAAAAAAAUUCUCUUCUCUUGCUAACGCACAUACCCAUACAUACCCUUCACCAGUUUGUGUGGCAGAGAAGGAGGAAUGUGAAAAUAUAUACGAUAGGAAUCGAAUUAUUUUGAACUUUGUGGAACAGAUCACCUCCAACCAAUCCAGCCAGUGUUAGUGGUUUAAGAACUAAGCUUAAGAAUUUGAGGUCCCUGCAAAGGGUGUUCUUUUUUCAUUCUCCAUUUUUGUACUCCUUAAGGAGAAAUUAGGUGCUUGUUGUUUUUAAAUUCCCAGGUAAUUCUGGCAUUGAUCCUGGGCUCCUUGCAAAUGUAAUUUUUAGUAAUGGCUAUUACUCCUGAAUCGCUUGGGCUCUCUGCGGCCUGUGGCUCAGCAGGGUCUGAGAUUUUCCUGGGACAUCAAAGACUGAAAUACAGAAGGUCUUAACAUUUUAGGGGUAUGGAUCAAGAGAAGUCUUCUCUAGUAAUUAAGGUCUGUUAAGAUUUUCAACCCCAUUUUACCUUUGAGAUUCUUUGCUGGAUGACUUACAUUUUAUUUCCUUUAUGUGUUUAUACUGAUUUACUGUUUUCUUAUUUGGAAAAAGCUUUCUUCCUUUUUAUUUCUUUAAUUUUUUUCAUACACAGCCCUUAAAAAUAUAAAAGAGUCCCAACCUGCUUUGUUUUUUUUUCCUUACCUUGACCAUCUUUUCUGUCUUAUUUGCUAGACCAUCGUUUCUCUUUCUACUUCUCUUCUGCAACUUCAUCUUGCUCAGCAAUUCGAGUGUGUGACUCUGCAUACUAUGGCUUGAGUUUCCUAACCAACUUCUCCUUGCAUCUGAGUCCAUUUCCUGUGCUUAAAGCUGUUGGCAUUCUACCCAGCGUUCCUAGUCAAAACUGAAACUUCUAGGGCUAAUCGGAUUAGUCCUUAUACUAUUAAUUUCUUCCCCUCCAUUUCUUGCUCUAGUGCUGUUUCUCAAGGACAUUUAUUUGUCAUUAAAAACUUCAUUUUGGCGUCACUUCCCAGAGAUCUCUUGGAUUUUUCGGUUAUGCUGAUUCACUGUACAGCUUCAAACUGCAGCAGAUGUCAGUAGGUCUUGGACAAAUUAGUUGUCCCUACACAUGGUUUACAAUAUUAUACUAGCUGUUUAAAAAUAAUUAAGCUUCUCUCUGUGUUCUUUGCUGUGGGUCAGGAACUUUACUUGCUUUGCCAUCCAACACAGAAGUUAAUCACCAACGGGUCCUCUGAACCAAAUGAUUAAAAAUAAAGCAAAGUUUCUGAACCAGGCUGUUGGCAGAAAAGUCUGUACUUCCAUCUGUGCAUGGUUAGGAAAAUAUUUCAUGAUGUUUAAAUGGCAUCAGCUUUGCUCUCUUGUGUGUGAGUGUUGUCUGUGUGUCAGCAUGUAAUUCAUCCCUCUGAAGAUUUGACUGUUAGCUAAUCUUAUCCCCCAGUAAAGUCACUGCCUAGAAAACAGGAAAGUAAAUCCAGGUGUUUUGUGCAUACAUUCUUUAUUUGCCAGUUUCUGUGAAGGAGCAGUGGUCUUGCUUUUCUCCUCAGCUGAAAGGUUUUUUUUUUCUCUUAGCAUGUACCUCAGAAAAUGAAAGAAUACGUGUGUUAUUAGUUGCCAUACAGUUGUUUCGGACUCACGGAGACCUCACGUGUGCAGAGUAAAACUGCUCGGUAGGGUUUUCAAGGCUGUGGCCUUUUGGAAGCAGAUCAAUAGGCCUGUCUUCGGAGGCACCACUGGGUGAGUUCGAACUGCCAACCUUUCGGCUAGUAGUCGAGUGCUUAACUUUUUGCACCACCCAGAGAUCCUUUAAAGAACAUUACUUUAAAAAAACUUAAAAAAAAUUUUUUUGAGAUAAUCGUAUAUUAACACAUUCACACAGAGUUGUAAGAAAUAAUACAGAGAUCCCAUAUACUCUUCAAGAGCAUUACGUUUUGACUUUGAAGUCUUUAUGUCUUUUGAUUCUUCACUUAGAAAUAUCCUUUGUUAAUAGCUUUUAGAAGCUGUUCUUAUAUGCAUAAAAUGCUGAUGAAUCGUUUUCAGUUUGGAACGUGGCAGAUUAGUAGUUUCUAUUGUCUGGAAGGAGACUUAGGCCUGGAAUGCACAUUAAACUCCUAAGCACUUGGUGACAUAAGUAUAGACAUGUGAGUGAUUUUGAGGGGAAUUUAAUCCUUCAACUUGGAUUUUCCUCCAUUCUUAUUGGGAAUCAGCAUCUAAUUAAAUAUAUUCAUUUCUGACCAGUUCUAUAGCUAUGGUAUUAUAUAUAUAUACACACAUAUGUAUAUGUACAUAUAUGUACAUAUAGGAUAUAUAGUAUGUAUCUAUAUAUACGUGUAUAUAUAUAUGUAUAUGUAUAUGCAUAGAGCCCUGAUGGCAUAGUGAUCAAGCGCUGUGUCUGCUAACCUAAAGGUUGGCAGUUUGAAUCCACCAGCUACUCCUUGGAAACCGUAUGAGGGCAAUUCUGCUGUGUCCUACAGGGUCGCUGUGAGUCAGAACUGACUUGACAGCUGUAGGAGGAUAUAGUUGCUUAAAAGGUUUUAAUUGCUAUAUAAUGUAAAAAUUAUUCUUUGGAACUUUUCCGUUACACUUACCUCUUUUUCUUUCUGGACAAACUGUUGAGGUGGAUUUCUUUCUGCAAAAAGAACCACUGUAUUAUAUAAGGAGUAAAACCGGUGGCCAUUGAGUCGAUCCCUACUCAUGGUGACCCUGUGCGUCAGAGUGGAACUGUGCUCCAUAGCACAGUUUUUUGGAGUAGAUCGCUAGGCCUUUUACCAAGGCAUUUCUGGAUGGAUUUGAACCUCCAACCUUUCGGUUAGCAGCCAAGUGUGUUAACCGUUUGUACCACCUAGGGACCGCAAUGCACAGUAAAUGCACCGAAGGAAGGUUAAGAAUUAUUAACAGAAAAAAAAAAAAGAACCAUCUUAAUUUAAUUUCUCUGGCUUCAAAACAUUCAUCUCUCUCAGAGUUACCAGUUUCUUUAUAUUUUUAGAAACUUGUAGAGGGUAGGUAUAUUUUUAGUAUUAUGAUGAUAGAAUUAAACGCUGAAAUCAAGAGCUGUGAAUUGAUCAUGUGCACGUUAACUGAAGUUAAAGGGAGGAGGGCUAUCUUCAGUAAGUUUCAUUAUUAGUAUGGCAGGGAAAUCUUGAGGUGGUCUAUGAAGGUUAGCUAUAAUCAGUGAUAGUUGGAUCAUUUAGGUAGUUGUCAUUUCAAGGAAUUUUAAAAUCAGAAAGAACCUUACAUACGUUUUUGUCCAACCUCCUUAUUUUAUAUUCGAUUUAAUUCUGUUGAUUUCUUGCAGACCUGCUACGUGCAAGACAGUGUGCUAGCGGGGAUCAGUAAAGUUGAGAAAGCUGUGGCCCAUAGCUUCGAACAACUUAAUCUUUGAUUAAGCUUUCAUUUCCUAUUUCUUAUUUUCUAGAGGACAGGUUUUUUUUUUUUUUUAAAGAAAUAAGUAGAUUCUGAUAAUUGUUACUCUCUGUCAAUGUAAGAUAUCAACAUUUAAGGUAUCUUGUGAACUUUGAAUACACACAGAGAUAAAUAGAUGUAUUUAAACUUUUUUUUAAGUUAGUGCUAGAUUGUACUUGUAGUCCUUCUCAAGACAGAAUUUUCUUUUCUCUUGUAUGAGAUAGCUAACAUCACUACUAUUAACUGAACUUCCUGAAAGGGUGCCUGGUUACUCAAGUUCUUCACACUUUUCUGUGGAACUCUUAGAUUUGUUUUUCCUGCUCAUUCGCGCAUCUUCUAGAUAGCCACAUAUGGAAUUUUACCGUUAAAAAAUGUUUGGUUGUUGACAUCUUUGUUCAAGAAGCCAUUCACUUAAAUACUUAUUUUUUUUAUUAUUAUCAUUUUUUGUUAUUCUUUAGGUGAACGUUUACAGCUCAAGUUAAUUUCUCAUACAAAAAUUUAUAUACAUAUUGUUAUAUGACACUAGUUGAAAUCCCUAUAAUGUGACAGCACACUCCCCCUUUCCACCCCAGGUUUCCCGUGUCCAUCCAACUGGCUAAAUACUUAUUUUUAUGACUGAAAACUCGAGGGACAGUGUGCACGUUCAAGAAAGGCCAUAGGGCAGAGAACCAAUUGUUUUCAUUUUGAGAAUGGCUAGCAUGCUAUCAUGUCAAGGAUUUAGGAUAUGUCACUCACUGUCCUAAUUAAUCUGCACAGUAAACCUAGUUAGGUAGUUAUUAUCUCCACUUUACAGAUAAGGUAAGUGGGUUAGUUACUUGCCCAAGGUCACAGAGCUAGGAAGUGGUGGGGCUGGGAUUCAACUCGUGCCAUUUUUAACUUCAAACUCAAUGCUCUUUACUAAUUAUACUUUAUUGUUCACCUAAAUGUUUUCUAAAAUUGUUUUUACCAAAUACUGAGAAUAGACAAAAUCAGAUUCACAAAAUAAGUGUAAAUUAUAAAGAAUGUGAGUUUAGAGGACACUCAUGUAACUUCCCACCCAGAUUUAAAAAUUACCACAAACUGAAUUUGGUGGCUUCUGUGUGGUCCUCCCCGAUCUUGUCACCUUUUCUCCCACCUCAGCAGCAACCAUUGUAGAAAAAUGAGUUUGAAAAUAUUAGCAAAAGUGCACAAAAAAGCCUCCUGGCUAGAUCAUUUUUUCUUUUCCUUCCUUUCUCCUUCGCUGCUCUAUCAUUGGCUCUCUUUCUUCCCCCUUUUCUCUCACCACGGUGGAGCACAAGAGAGGAACUGAGUCAGACCUGUUUUAAAAGGUCAGGGAGAAUGUUCUCUGGUAGGAUGUCCAGAUCUGAGUGCCACGAACAAUGUUGGGGAUUCUUGGUGGAGUCUCCCCUCCCUGCUCUGACGGGUUAUAACAAACAGAUGGCUGAGAGGGGUGAUUUAAUGGAACUUGUGCUGACAGAUCUAACGAGCUUGUCAGGUUAUAGUUCACAAAUAUUAGCUCUAUAGACAUGCAGUUCUUAUUAUUGUAACUCUUACGAUAGUGAUACAUUUUUAGUAACCGAUGUGAGAGUACUUCAUAACACAAUCAAACCAUUGAGUGGAACAGGUUUAGAUAAUAAAACCUUGUUGUCCUUUAAUGCAGCCUUUCACCAACUCGUAAUACCUGGUUCAGUGUGUAAAAAUCAAAGUGAGUUAUGGUCCAGGGGGAAUAAUAUAAUUCUUUCAUCAGCUGGAAAAUAUAUUUGAGUAAUUCAUUGUGUGUGUGUGUGUGUGUUUUUUUAAGUAAGCAAGGAAGCUUUUGGUUUUUGUUUGCAAAUUGUACGUUGUUGCAGGAAGUUUUUCCAAGGGCCAUACAGUUUUGUACAAGGAGGUGGCAAUUUAAUUCAGUUUCAGCCAUUUAAGAUUAGAACUAUACUAACUUUUAAGUUACUUGCAUGUAAUUACAAAAUAGCUAAUACAAUUAAAAAGAUUAAAAAGAACCACAAUCUAGCUAAUCAUAAAUGUAGUUAUAAGGGCAUAUGUGUCUGAAUGUAUGUGGUCAUUUGCGCUUACCCAAAUUGCGCUUAUGUCUGCAUUGUGUUGGUGUUGGUUAUUAUUUUUCUAGGGCUUCAUGCAUUUGUAUAUAUAAAUAUAACAGGAGCCUUUUCUAGAACUGGUGUUGGGGGACUGUCUUAUGAACUAUGUGAUUUGGAGCACUGUCAAAUGUAGUGAUGUUUUCAAUGGUUACGAUUUUGGUUUGUAAUAGCAAGCAGUGUGGUGAGGAGGUUGAAGUGAGCAUGCGUACGUGUCUAUCUGUAUCUGCUAUCUCUAUCUUUUUGCAAAAUUUGGAUUGAAUGACAGUGCCUAUUAGAAUUCAAAUAUGAAAAAGAGUUAAACAUCACACUUUUUCCAGUUUUGUCCAGUGCCUCAAAAACAUGCCAUAAAAAUAUGGGGACUAAAAAAAUCUUGUCACAUGUCCCAUAAGAGUGUCACUGAUUUAAAAGCUGCCUUUGAGUAUUUUCAGCACUAUUCCGUGACAGUUAUUAUGAUAGGAAUUGGCACUAGCUAGGAAAAUUUACAGUUUAAUACUUUAGAGCAAAUAAUUGCUUAGGAUGCUUUAAAUAGCACAGGAAAUGUGUAGUGUUUACUUGACAUUUGCUAUAUUGAACACUAAUACUGAAACAGAUUCUUUGACCACAGAGAAUGCCAGUGUGGGCGGAAUGGGGGUAGAUGGGAGAAAGAGGCCGAGAAAAAAACAGCCAACAUGAUUAAAUAAAAAUUAAAUGGCCAGUGAGCCUCCUCAUGAUACAGAGAUAUCAGGAAAAAAAAAAAGUGCCCAUUUGUUCAAUCUAGGAGCCUUUAAGUGUGGUAGCAGAAGGCUAAAUACAAACAGCUCCCUGAAAUUAGGGUUUCUCCUGAUUUUAAGACUGAGUUAUGUUAAAGGCCUUCUUUGCCCAGAGCUCAAAGCUUCGAAACCCUUGGCCGCUCUGGUUUAUUUUCUAAGGUCCUGAAAGCAAGAGGAAUGACCUCCUUUUUCAUAAAAGAGGAAAAAACCUUCUUGUUAUCUGUUUAAUCUGCACAUGCUUGUGAAUGUUUUUUUAUGACGGCUCUGGUGCCCUCAUUUCUCAUUGCAACUCAGUACUUGUGAUUUUUUCUCCCUCUGAGCGCAUUUUGCAUUCUCAGUCUUUUUUUCACCCUUCCCAGGCAUCUUUCAUAGGAGUCUUCUCUCAGAAUGGGGCCUACUGCCAUGUAGAAUAGCUCUUAAAUGUGGAGCUUUUUUUUUUUUUUUGCACAAACUGCUUACCAGGCAUUGUGAUUCAGCUGCAUUUAAUGGCAAAAAUAGGGUACAUGUCAGGCAACUAAAUCUCUCCCAUUUGGGGAUGUUUGAGUCAGUUUGUACAGUGUCUUUAAGAGAGUUUAAAAUGCUUAUGUUAAUAACUAAUUGGUGUGUGCGAUAGGGGCAGGAAUGAGAAAUUGUGCAACGUACACAAUAUUUUUUAGACACUUCUUCCUUCCAUCUUGUCAACAUGAGCUGCUUUUACAAUACCCAUGGGAAUUUUGGAAACAACAAUCAAAAGUCAGAGCCUCACCAUGCAGCAUGGUUCAGCACCCAGAGCGCUCAGAGCAGGAGGGCUGUAUGUAUGUAUGGCUUUUCCACCGACUUGAGAUUUGACCUUGAAUAAAUCAUACUUAACUUCUCUACGCUUCAAUUAGCUUUUGAAAGAUAUGUAUGGUUGUGUAUAACCAGCAAGAAGGCAAUAAUUAAACUUCACAACAAAAGGAGAACUUGAAAGAAAAUUUUGUUAGAAAAGGGUGGUUGGCAUGAGCGCAAGCCUCACGUAGGGUGCUAUUAAUACAGUCUCGCCACACGUGACUCCUAAGGAAAGUAGGGGGUUUUCUUCUAAUGCUGUUAACUGUAUUUUGUAGACCUAAAAAAUAUGUAUGUAUUUUUGUUUUACCCUGUAAUGCCAGAGAGCUUUGUGUUCAUACAUAUUUUCCUGUAAAUGCUACCUGUAAAGGAAUUUUUAUUUAGAACGUUACAACUUAAAUGGUAAUCCAGAGGUAACAAAUUCAUGUAAUAUGCAGAGUCGUUUACUUGUAUUGCUUUGAAAGGAAAUUCCAGGUUGUUAUUCAUUUAAAAAGUUUUUAUUUUUUAUUUUUUAGUCUGCUGCUACCCUGGAGAUGAUCUAAAUGGGUUUUCAUUCAUUUGAGGGGAAAGGAAGAAAAGUAAUAAACAUUUGCAGAGUCCUACAAUGUGCCAAACAUGCUGCUUCAACACUUGGUAUUGAACUACUCAAUGUGGUUUACGUCCAAAGGGUCUCUUCCCCCUUCUCAUGUGUGAGGACUUAGUCGGAAAGAUCAGAAUCCACGGGAGAAAAUAAAAUAUAACCGUUGUGACUGGCAAUCAAACCGAAGGGCAUUUUAGUUAGUUAGUUAGUUCAGGGCUGUGGGAUCUCCGUCAACCAGUUGCUGAUCUGUGCCUCUAACACGGAGACCUCUACCAGGGCUAGAUAGCUAGAUUACAAAACUGUUAAACCGCAUCUCCCUGGUUAAGCCAUUUCAGUUAUUGCCUCAUUUAAAUGGCAUUGUUGUGAAAAAGACAUAGGUAUUACAAGUUGAAGUGCCUAGAAUUUGCAUGAAAGAGUCUGGGUUUUGAGUGCUAGUAAGAGCCUGCCUCUGGAGUCCCUGGUGGAACUUUCUUGGCGAGGGAAUCUAAAGCCAAUAGCUCCAAGUCAGGCAAGAAAACAUCUUAAAGAAAGCCAGAGAAAACAUACAUAUUUAACACAAUGGCCAUGACUCACUUUCUCUUUGCUCUCUCAGCCCAGCCGUUUACUGCUAACCCCACAGGAAAGCUGCUUUUGGUGUUUCCCUUUGGCAGCUCUGCCAAAAGCUAAAUAUACACCUUGAGAGAAUGAAGGUGAGAGGGGAGAAAAGACAGAGGUCAUCAUUUUUAAUCCUGAUUGGGCUGAUGGCAAACUAUGAGGCCAGAUAGACGGUACAGCAAGAGAGGAUGUUUUCCAGUUUGUCCUCCGUUCCAGAUAGGCCCUCACACUGUGCAGAUGUCCACAGUGAUUGGAUUGUUGAGGUUCCUAAAGAACCAUCCAUUUGGGUGGGCUCUAAUGGGCUUUUGGAAGUGGCCCUGAAGGUGUGUCUUAGUGUCCUAGGGCUGCUGUAAUGAAGUGACAAAGUGACUGACUUAAAAUGAUAGGAAUUUAUUGCCUCAGAGUUCUGGAGGCAGGGAGCCCAAAUUCAGGGUGUUGGCAGGGCCACGCUCUUUCUGAAGGUUCUAGGGGAAGAUCCCUUCUCAUCUUCCCUGGUAGCCCCGGGUGUUCCUUGGCUCGCAGCUGCAGUGUGACUCCAUCUCUGGCCCCAUCUUCGCGUGGGUGUCUUUCCUCCGUGUGUAUCUGUGUCUCUUCUUCUCUUUUAUAAGACACCACUCAGGUUCUAUUACGACCCAUCCUCCUCUAGUAUGACCUCAUGUUAACUAACUGAUAACGUUUUCAAAGACCCUUCUUCUAAACAAAGGCACAUUCACAGAUCACAUGGGGUAGGACUUUGACAUACCUUUUUGGAGGACGCAAUCCCACCCAUAAUAAAGUGUGACAGCGACCAUAAGAAUCCUUAGCAUUUGGGACUGAAUUGUCAGCAGGAGGAUAGGACAGGAAUAAAAGCUGUGUGACCGGGAACGGGGUACUACGCCUUUCUGAAGCUGCUAUCCAAACUUGUUGGAAGGCUGUGCCUCUAUGUCCAGUUGUAGCUGGGUAUACAAGAAUUUGGGCAUCUCCUGUGGUUUAAUAACAGCCCUGCCACUUACUAGCUCCUCCAAGUCACUUAAGCUCUUCGUAUCUAAGUUUCCUUAUCUGAAAAAUAAAGCUGAUAAUCAGGGUGAGAAUUAAAUAAAUUAAUAAUGCAAGAUACUUAGAGUUAAUUCGUCACCUAGUAAAUGCUACUUAUGCUUUGUUGUUGUUGUUAGGUACCGUUGAGCUGGCCCCCAGCUCAUGGUGACCCCAUGAACAAUGGAAGGAAAUGCUGCCUGGUCCUGUGCCAUGCCCAUAAUGGUUUCAGAUCAGACUGUUGUGAUUCAUAGGGUUUUCAUUGGCUGAUUUUCAGAAGUAGCUCGCCAGGUCUUUCUUCCUAGUCUUAGUGUGGAAGCUCCUCUGAAACCUGUUCAGCAUCAUAGCAACACACAAGCCUCCAAGUGGGUGGUGGCUGCACAUGAGUUACAUUGGCUGAGAAUUGAACUGGGUCUCCUGCUUGGAAGGGGAGACCUCUGUCACUGACCACCAAUGCUUCAUUUAUACUUUACCUAUGACUAUUAUGUUAUAGUUCUCCUUUAGAGCCCUCUACUCCAUUAUUUGUGUAUCAUUUAGGUCAAGAUGGCAGACAUGGGUGGUAGGUGGUUUAGUGAGAGGGAGACCUAAGCUUGUAGAGAAUGUAGAUAAAACCUGGUUUUAACCGUAGGUCUCAGACUGUGUCUGUGUACUGUGUCUGUAUAUACCAUGUUUAUUUCUGACCACCAGGCUUUGCUCAUAGUCUUCCCUAGCUCCCCUCCCUUCACCUAUCCACAGACAUUCUGCCCAGCCAUCAAUACCCAGCAUGAACGCCCCUUUCCAGGAUGGAGAGAUUUUUCCCAGGUAUUUCACUCCAAACUAACUUCCCUUCCCGCCGGCUCUCAGUUCCUGUGUCCUUGUCUGUAUAACUCUUUCUAUCAUGUCAGUGAUUGCUUCAUUUUUUUCUUAGAUGUCUUGUUUUCCAUCAGACUCUGUGUAAAUAGAGGGCUUUACCUCCCUCUCAGCAUCCACAAGGGCAUGGCAGAAAGACUAAGGAGCAGGGAGUGGACAAACCUGCUCUCUUCUCCCAGUCUCGCCUCUUUCUAAUGAACUAAUCACGCUCAGGGCAUUUGAUCUCCCUCAUUCUCAGAUUCUUCUCAAGAAAAACCAGUGUGCGGAUGAGUGAUCUCUAAAUUUUGCCUUGUAACUUUAACAUUUUCAAGUCGUUUCCAAUUGCUGUGGAGUCAGUUCUGACUCAUGGCCGCCCCAUGUAUGUCAGAGUAGAACUGUGCUUCCUAGGAUUUUCGAUGGCUGACUUUUCUCAAGUAGAUCACCGAGACUUUCUUCCAAAUCACGUUAGGGUGGACUCAGUCCUCCAACUUUUCUGUUAGCAGCCAUGCACGUUAAUGUGUUGAAUGAGUGAACAAUGUAUAGCCUCCUUUUGAGUUGCUGAGAUAUUUCUGAAAUUAUUUUUGUGCUCAGUAACAUCCUGGUGAAGGGAGGAAGUGAUCUAUCUUAGAAAUUUUUCACUUUUGCUGGACCCAAAUUUUGCUAGGUCUGAUUCUGUCAUGAGGAGCACUGGUGGUGCAGUGAGUAAGUGCUGGGCUGCUAACCAAAAGGUUGGCAGUUCAAAUCCACCAGCUGCUCCAUGGGAGAAAGAUGUGGCAGUCUGCUUUGAUAAGGAUUAUAACCUUGGAAACCCUAUGGGACAGUUCUACCUUGUCCUGUAGGGUUGCCUUGAGUCGGAAUGAACUCAAUGGCAAUGAGUUUGGUUUAGUUUUUGGAACCUAUCAUAGUCUGAAUUCAUGUCCAAGUCUGAGUGAAUAUUUACAUUAAUAACUUAUCUAUGAAAAAAUAUUUACUAUGCAAAAAUAAUUUAAAUAAUAUCACAGACUAAUAAAUGUUGAGUGUACAUAAGAAAGGAAAUCGUUUUGAAGCACUUAAGAAGUCAAUGUUUGCGUGCAAUUUAUAUAAACUCUCUUAGUUUGUUCGUUAAAGAAUUUAUUGAUUAUUUUGCAGUUUUUCUAUAAGUAAUUAAAAGACUUUAAACUGUAUUUCUUCUUAAAAUUUUGUAAUAUGGACUUCUUUAUUCAUAUUAGAUCUGAACUCAAUUUACUAGCACAUAUUAUGUUUUUUAUAUGGUAAAACUUACAAAAGUGGUGGUUGAAAUUUUCAGCAUCAAAUCUCUCUUGGGAACUAUCUGUACAUUUAUUUUUGUUACCUAAUAACUGUAUCUGGCCCCCAAAUUGACUGUUUUGUCAUGCUUAGUGCAUGAACCAAAAGGUUGGUGAUUCGAACCCACCAGCUGCACUGUGGGAGAAAGAUGUGACAGUUUGCUUCCUUAAAGAUUUACAGCCUUGGAAAAACCCUAUGGGGCAGUUCUGUUCUGAAGGGUCACUGUGAGUCGGAAUUGACUUGAUGGUAGUAGGUUUGGUUUUGGAGCUUUGUUUAUGUUUAUAACCAUCUUUGUACAUAUUAUAACGUCAGAGCAGUGAUUUCAUACAUGAGAAGGCUUUUUUUUCCUAAACUGUUACUGCCUUUGGGGAAAAAAUCAUUUUUGAAGUAUUGUCAUAUUCGUUCAGACCAAGUAGGGAGUGUGUUCAGUGUCUAAUUAGGUUCCAUAUGGCUUGAACUCUUGGGAGAUCCACCUGAAAUAGGACUGUGUUAAGAAAUUAUUCUGUGUCACACAUAAUCAGGUUCAAGAGGUCUUAAUAAUUUGCAUGUAUAAGUUAUAACUGGCAUCAUCCUUGUAGAGGAGUUCUACCUUAGACAUUUUCUAAUCGUUAGAAGCAUUUAAACAGUAGUUUAGCUGUAACACUAAGAUCUAUGUUAAUAGCCCUUUUAAUAUUAGUGGACAGAACUGGGAAUGUUUUUUGAGCUUUUUAUAGUUUACUGAGUGUAAGAGAGCCCCUGGGUGAUGGAAAUGAUUAAGUGCUUGGCUGUUAGCCAAAAAGUUGGAGGUUUCAGUCUACCCAGAGGCUCCUCGGAAGAAAAGCCUGGUGAUCCACUUCUGAAAAAUCAGCCAUUGAAAACCCUAUGGAGCACAGUUCUACUCUGACACAUAGGAGGCGCCCUGAGUCAGAGUUGACUCGACAGCAGCUGGUGAAUGUAGGAAGCUCAUGCUAGUCCUUCAUCUUAACUGGGUGAUUGAAUUCCAUGCUGUGACUGACCAACCAGCCCGUUGCCGUUGAGUCCAUUCCACCUCACAGCGACCCUAUAGGACAGCGUAGAACUGCCCUAUACAGUUUCCAAGGAGCGCCUGGUGGAUUCGAACUGCCAACCUGUUUUGGUUAGCAGCCAUAGCUCUCAACCACUGAGCUGCCAGGGUUUCCAUUGUGACCAAAAGGAAAACGUAUGUGGGUAUUGUGGGCUGGGCGGCCUGGAGGACUAAGGGGAGAGAGAGUAGAGAAAUACCAGAUACUUUUUUUUUUUUUGCAGAUUUUCCCAGUCAUCCCUGCCAUGUGCGUCCGCUCCUUGUGUGCUUAAAUAUGAAUUGACCUGAAAGGUCUGUGUUUACGGAAUGUUUUCUGUUAGAAAUGCUUAGGUUUCACUUUGAUGGUUUUCUUUCUCUUCUUUUAAAAUGAAGCAGGACAGUGUUGGAAUCAAUGUAGCCAGCUUGUAUGAAGAUGAUUCCCUCCCUUAUCUGGGCAUAAAUAUUGUUGGAGGAGAGCAUGGGGAGUAGCCAGAUAUGCACACAUGAGCACAGGCAUUAAUUGCCCUCACUGACCAGGGAAAGGAAGGAAAAUCGUUUCAAACUAUUUUCACAGGGUAUUUUCAGCCAUCAUGUUUUUUAAAUUUGGUUUCCGAUAUGAAAACUGGAUUGAGCUGUGUUUUGUUUCAUCUGAACAAAUCUACCCCGAAUUGACUGGGAGAGUGUUUCUUAAGCCUCCAUCUCUUUAGGCGGUGAGUCAUUUCCAUGUUGUUGAGACAUUUUCUAGCCUUUAUUGCUGUGUGGAGUUCGUGCUUUUCUCUGGAUGUUUUGACUCCUUAAGAAACUCGCAAUAACAAAUUAACUCUCACACUCCUCUGGAAUGAAAACACGCAGUAGUGGAGUAAUAAAUAGCAGAUCUGGAAACCUGAAUAAACACAGAAAACUCCAGCUCUGAUGCUUCAGAAGGCUGUAGAAACUGAGUCCAACCAAUGUCCAGCAGAUACAAGCAAUACACACCAGCUAAGGCAAAAAGAACUGAGCAUGUUGUUCAUUUCAGUUCUCCAAGGUACCGUGUUGUAAAGCUGUAUAGCCAUUUUCUCUCUUCCAGACUAAUAAACAAUUAUUUUUAGUCAUCUGACCGCCCUUCCUGCAAAUGAUUUAGUUAUCAGGUUUGAGUUAUUAAAGUAAGUUGUAUUUGUUUGAGAAAUGAGAGUUGGAGUGGACUUCCUCACUUCCUGUCUUUUUCUGGUGAAAACAGAAUAGUGCCUUGGCGCAGUCCAUGGUGGGAAGGAGGCUUGUCUUUCACAAUCUGUAAUCACCACAGUCCCAAGGCAAGGUGCUGCCUGUGGACUGCCUGCCCUGGGACAACCCUGGUCUGAAUGGUUGUUCCAUCAGGAUUUUUAUAUCAGAGCGAGGUUGUAAAUAGAAAGCCCCAAUGGUCAUUCUUCGCCUUAUUCAUGGGGUUCCUUUCUGUGGUGGUGUAUUUGGUUGGCCUUGGCAGAUGGUGUAAACUGUUUACAGACAGUCCCCAACUUAACGACAUGUUCGAGGUACGACGAACCUCACUUACCACUGUCCUUGUUGUUAGUAAUAUGUACUACGUACAGUGUUGCAGAGUGUAAUUUGCCGAUGUUAUCAUUCUCAGGUGUCCACUCCCAGAUGUUCAAUUUUAUGACUCACUGUUAAGAACACUACCAUAUGUAUAAAGCUACUGAUAAUGAAAAGACUGAGCUAUUCGACUUACGUCAGAACCAACUUAUGAUGGAGUCGUGGGAACAGAACCCCGGUGUAAGGCGGGGACUACUUGUAGGUGAUCUUUUAAGGAUGAACACUUCAUUUUAGCCAGGGGCUAGAAGCCAUUGUCAGGAAAGGUAGGAGUCCCUGGGUGGUGCAAAUGGUUAAGCACUCGACUACUAGCCCAAAUGUUGGUGGAUUUAACUCACCCAGAGGUGCCUUGGAGGAUAGGCCUGGUGAUCUGCUUCUGAAAGCUCACAGCCUUGGAACCCUAUGGAGCAGUUCUACUCUGCACACAUGCGGUCACCCUGAGUUGGAAUCAACAUGAUGGCAGCUAAUAACAAAAACAACAACAUCAGGAAACGUAUUACAUCUCCUUCCUAACCUUGCGUAGUAGGAACAAAACUUGUAAUGCCACAGAAUCUGAAAGUCUGGGGGCUUUGGUGUUCCCACCUAAUCCAAAAGGCACCUAAAGCUCCCUUAGAGACUUCGUGAAUUUUCUCUAAAUUCAUAUGGAGGAAUUUGGGCUGGUAAUUUUUUUCUCCCUCUUUGCCUGUAUCAGUUUUUCAUGAGAUCUGCCCAUAUUUAGCCUGCUCAGUUUAAAGGGAAUGCCAUCCACUUUGUACUUAGGACAACAAAGUACUUUCCUCACCUGGCUGGAAUAGCUGUUUUGGCCAAACUUACAGUCUGACGCAUGUGAGUCAGACAGAGGCAAAGAUCUAAAUGCCAGUAACAUGAGAAAGGGAGCUCUGGUGAUGCAGUGGGUAAAGCACUUGGCUGCUAACCAGAAGGUUAGUGGUUUGAACGCACCAGCCACUCUGCGGGAGAAAGAUGUGGCAGCCUGCUUCCAUAAAGAUUACAGCCUUGGAAACCCUAUGGGGCAGUUCUAAUCUGUCUUACAGGGUUGUUUUGAGUUGGAAUCGACUCGAUGGCAGUGAGUUUUUAACAUGAGAAAAAUAGUUUGAACAUGAAGUCAUCAUGCUUGAGGUUGCUUUGAACUUUCUUCAUGGCCCCUUUUAUGGUUUGUACCAGAAUCAGCAUGCUUUAGUUUUAUGCUAAAAACGCAGUGGGGUAAAAAUGGACACGAAUUUGAAAUUGCAUGAUAGCCAGAAACUUUCAUAACAUAGUAAUGUUAUGCUGUGAUAAAUGUUUAGUGAAACUUGCUUGGCUCGGGCUAUUUUUUUAAAUGGCUUUUGGGUUCAGGAAUUUUGGAAGUCAGAUUCUUUGUAAUUUAAAUUUCCUUCUAUGCAAGUAAGUACACUAUGUUAUUAAUUUAAAUAUAUAUAUGUAUAUACUUAGAAGUUAAAAUUAUGUAAUUAUCUUAAUGCUCCAGAGCCUCUUGUCUGACUAAACAUUGGAACUAAUUCUGUUGAAAACAGGGAAUUUGUCUGAAAAGCUUAAGGAAAUUCAGCCCAUGCAGGGAAAUUUGCUAGAUUUAUAAAUAAAAGUUUUCACGUAAAGGGAUGAUACAUAACACAGUUUGUUUUAUAAAGGUUGUCCUUGAGUUUUGUCUCUUGGCCCUUCCUUUAGGUCUAUUAAGUGAUAUUUGUAGUUGAUUUAUAGUAGCAAGUUAUGUGUGAGUUGAUUCUGGAUAAUUGAACUUGUAUUUGAGCUGCAUAAAGAUCCAACCCACCCAGUGCCGUCGAGUCGAUUCCGACUCAUAGCGACCCUACAGGAAAGGGUAGAACUGCCCCUUAGAGUUUCCAAGGAGCGCCUGGUGGAUUUGAACUGCCAACCCUUUGGUUACCAGCGGUAGCACUUAACCACUAUGCCACCAUAAAGAUAGAUUCCUUUUUAAAGAAAUCAUAAAAAGUAUCUUUUUUUAUAAAGUGAAAAUAUUCUCUGAGAUGGCACACCUGUGAUCUUAAUAUAUAGCCACUAAAGAAUGACCUCUCCCCUUGAAAAAUAACUUCUAAAACUUCAGUUGAGAAUUUUUUGUUGAAAUAGUUAAUAAGUCAUGGCAGUGGCUUCUCCUCCUUUGUAGAAUUCUCCUUUAUUGCUAAUGUUUAUGUGAAUGUAGCCUUAAAUCUUUUAAAUACAGCAUACCAGCGUUACUUAAAGACGACUUUAUGCAUUGGAAUGCAUAUUGCAAGUUGUUAGGUAAAAACACUUGGUGCCUUUUUGGGAGGAAAAAAAAAUUCCUUUUUUUUUUUUUUUUUUUAGCUCUUAAACAUAACAGAUCUUUUUGGAGCAGAGUGGGAAACUAAUAUUGUUACUCACAUGGCGUGCACAGAGUGAGGGAGGUAACACGAUGUCUCAGCUUCAGCAAGUAGAUGUAUUAACCUACUCACUAAAGCCCCUGACUGACAAAGCCUUAAUUUUUAUUGUAGGCAAUAUUAAUAGUACUUGGCAAAGCUGAUACAGAAUCAGGCUUGAUUACUAUAAUGACUCAGGGGCUUUCUAAUUGACAUAUUUUCUCCCUAUACUUUUAGAUUUUUUUCCCGUUAUUUUCGAUUUUUUCCCAUUAUUUACUGUGAGUUUAGCACCCACAUAUGUAGAAUCAAGAAAAGCAAUUGUUAGUUAGCUGAAUGUACAGAAUCAGUGUAUUUUUUUAAACAAAAAGGGAGAGCUCUCAGAUGUGUAAGGAAACUACUGUAAGUAUAUCCUUCCUUUCCCUUUUCUCCAUUUUGGUCUGUUUUCCCUUAUAACCCUGCCCAUACCCAGUGUGUAAGUGCAUUUCAAACCUAACAAACAAACAGCACAUUUUAGUAAAAAUGAACAGGCCAGUAUUCUGUUUUCUUGAAAAAUUUGUUGGACUUUGGGCUCUUUUGGGGCAUUUUGGGAACAUGGUUAAUAAGUGCACCUCCUGUCACCCAUUCCCAGACCACCAUUGCUGCGGUGACAUUCGGGAGAACUGCAUAGCCUGUGCUUGGAGUUUCUGUCUCCCUCUAGUCACUGCUGUGUAGUUGGUGAGACGACCAAACUGGCAGAGGUGCCAGAUUGUGUGGCCAGCCUGAGGAAGGGGAGAGAAGAACGCCAGGAGGCUGGGCCCGCAUACUGUUUUCCUGAUGCUGCAAUAAGGCGGUUGGAAAUUCUUCAUUUUGAUCGUUGAACUUUUUCAGAAUGUUCCAAGGCCCCCCAGCAGCUGUGUUACAGCAUGAAAUUCUAUGUAUAUGCGUUUUUCUGGGGAGCGAAUUGUAGCUUGUAUCAGCUCCUCAAAGAAAUUCUCUGUUCCUCCAAAAGGCAGUGUUAUUGUUGUGUGCGGUGGAGUCAUUUUCAACGCAUAGUGACCUUGUAUGACAGUAGAACUGCUCCAUAAGGUUUUCUAGGAUGUAAUCUCUACAGAAGCUGGUAUCAGGUCUUUCUCCUGUGGAGCUGCUGGAUGAGUUCAACCGCCAACCUUUUGGUUAGCAGCUGAGUGCUGAACCAUUAGUACCUCCAGAGCUCCUGCCAGAGGACAAUAAGAACCAGGAAUUUAGAAUUGAGAGAUAAGGACCUCUUCUGAGAAAAAAGUCAUGAAAGGGGCUGUGAAGGCGGAGUUGUAAAAACAAGCCAUAGGCUAUCUUUUUCACUUGAUUAAAAAUGACCAUGAGGGGGCCAUAUAUAAACUCUGUUAAAUGAGCAUUGGAAACAUAAAAGGCCAGUUGGCGUCAGUAAAUUCUGACUCACAGGGACCCAAGGUGUUUUAAAGUACAACUGUGUUCUGUAAUGUUUUCAGUGGCUGAAUUUUCUGAAGUAGAUCACCAGGCUUUUCUUCCAAGGUGCUCCAGGGUGGACUCGAACUUCUAACCUUUUGGUUAGUAGCCAAGCGUGUUAACUGUUCGUACCACUCAGGGACUCCAUUGCAAACAUACCUGGUACCUAUUUAAAACAGUUUGUUUAUUCUGAAACAACGAGAAAUAAGGUUUUGGGGUUUGUAGCAUCCAUAGGUGCUGUCUCAUAGAUGACUGGGUGCUGUAACCUUGUUGAUAACAGCUCUGUAGUUUUAAUGUUAUUAGCCGUUGCUCAGCAUGAGACAAAUGAGGAGCAUUUGAGAAAGAGUGAGCGACUGAGUGAAGAUGGCAGUAGCUCUCUGUAGAGAACUGGCUUCUGGUUUACAUGUGUAUGAAGAGGUCUGAAGAGCAGUCCAUCUUGAAUGGUUUGGAUAUGGGGAGCAGGUUGUCCACUGGACGUGACACACACAAAUUACAUAUUGUUGUUGCUGUUAGGUGCUGUGUGCAACAGAACAAAACACUGCCUGGUCCUAUGCCAUCCUCAUAAUCGUUGUUAGGCUUGAGCUCAUUGUUGUAGCCAGUGUGUCAAUCCAUGUCAUUGAGGGUCUUUCUCUUUUUCACUGACCCUCUACUUUACCAAGCGUGAUGUCCUUCUCUAGGGACUGGUCCCUCCUGAUAACGUGUCCAGAGUAUGUGAGGCAGAGUCUCACCAUCAUUGUUUUCAAGGAACAUUCUGUCUGUACUUCUUUGAAGACAGAUUUGUUUGUUCUUUUGGCAGUCCGUGGUAUAUUCAAUAUUCUUGGCCAACACCAUAAUUCAAAGGCAUCCCUUCAUAUCUGUGCUGCACUUUAAAGUUUGUAAAAUAAACUUAAAUAUAUGUGACAGACAUUUCUUGUCUGGGUUUUACCUGUGUCACUGUGCAGGCACAAUAUCCGAAGAGAUAUUUUGUUGAAUAAAUUACCUCAGUUGGUUCUUACCUCAGCCCUAUAGAUGUAGACAUAGCAAAUAUUCUUUUCUAAGGGCUCAAGGAAGUCAAUUACAGGUAGUUCCCGAUUUAUAACUUAUUCGGGUUACAAUGAACCACCCUUAGGACAGUCCUUUUUUUUUUUUUUUCAUUUUACCCUUUUGUAAUGUGUACCACUUACCAUGUUGCAACAUGUAAUUUACUAUGUUAUCAUUCUCAUGCCAACCCCCAAAGACAAAUAAAGAUUGAAUGUUUAAAGACACUGAUAAUAAAGGGCAAUAAUAAUGAAAAUUAAAAAAAAAAAUGAGGUAUUUGCCUUAUGUCAGAACUGACUUACGAUGGAGUCGUCGGAACAGAACCCCACUGUAAGUGGGGGACUAUCUGUACUUACCCAAGGUCAUGUGGCUGGUGGAGUCUAAGCUUCUCUUUUACACUAUGCAUUUUCUCUACCCAAAUAGUCAAAGUGGGAAAGCUACGUUUUGAUCACCUGAAUUUUCAUAGAAGGGGGUUGGAGAGGGGUUGUAACCCUCAGAUAUUCUCAAAAAUAAUAGUAGCAUACUUGAUUUGUAACAAGAGACAAUCCUGAGGUAAUAUCUCCUGAUGGUGCUGUCAAGUCAGGUUUUUAGAAGAAAAAAAAGUAUUCAUUCUUAAACAACCAAACAUUUACUGAGUGCCUACUCUGGGCCAGACGUUUUGUGCCGUGGGGACAGAGCAGGUACAAGGCCGUCUAAGUCCCUGCCCUCACAAAGCUUACCUUCUCACUGGGGAGAAAGACCACAAGUAAACCCUUAAAUAUACUCUUUAUUUCCAGCAAAGAAAUAAAGCAGGGCACAUUAGGGGAUGGAAGAAAGGCCUUGGUGAUCUACUUCUGCAAAUCAGCCAAGGAAAACCCAAUGACUGGACAGCAUUUUGUUCCAUUGUGCGUGGAAUCUCCAUGAGUCGGGGCUGACUGGAUGGCAGCUAACGACGACACAUUAUAGGGUAGAGAGCAGUGGUAGUGGGUGUGGGUGGUGGGUCAUUUUAUUUGGCGAGGUCAGGGGAAGCCCCACAUAGGAUAUGACAUUUGAGCAGAGACCUCAGUGAUACGAAAGAGCUGUCACUGGCAAGUUGGGUUGGUGGUGGGUGGUGUGAUGAGAACUAGGUGCAGAGCUUUGCAGGUGGAGAGAAUGGCCGCGUAAAGGGCCUGAGGCCAGAAGCAGCCUUUGUGUUUGGAGCUGGAGUCAGGAGAUGAGAUGGAAAAGCUAGGCAGGAGCCAGAAUAUGUUGGUUGUUUGUAGUCAUGGAGAGGAACUUGGGUUUUAUUCUAAACGUGAUGAGAAUCCCUGUUAACUUCCUAGGGUCUACCUUAAUAGAUUUGCCACAAACUUGGUGGCUUAAAACAAGAGAAAUGUGUUCCCUCAUAGUUCUGGAGGGCAGAAGUCCGGAAUCAAGGUAUUGGCAGGCCAAUGCUCCCUCUUAAGACUCUCGAGGGAGGAUCCGUCCUUGCUUCUUCCAGCUUCUGGUGGCUCCAGGCGUUCCUUGGCCUGUGGCUGCAUCACUCCACUCUCUGCCUCCGUCUUCACGUGGCCUUUCCUCUGUGUCCAUGACGCUCAUCUGUCUCUUAUAAGGACACUGGUCAUUGGAUUUAAGGCCCAUCUGGGUGAUCUGGGAGGAUCUCAGCUCAAGAUCCUUUACUUAAUUACAUUUGUGAAGACUCUUUCUCCAAAUGAAGUCACAUGCACAGGUUUGGGGAUUAGGAUUUGCACAUCCCUUUUGAGGGCCACCAUUCAGCUACUAUAGCAACCAUUGAGGUUUCUAAGCAAGGGGAGUGGUGUAAUCUAAUAUUUUUUAAAAGAUUGUUCUGGUAAUGUGUGGAGAAUUGGUUGUAGAUGGACAAAGAAUCAAGAAAGGAGACCAUUUGGGAGGCUGCUGCAGUGCUCUAGAUGAGAUAUGAUGGGGUGGAUGGGUUGGAGAGGAAUGCGUGUAUUUCGGUUCUAUAUCACAGGGGAACAGGCGGGACCCUUUGAUGGAUUAGAAGUAGAGGGUAUGGAAGAGGGAGAAAUCCAAGGUGCCUACUAGGUGGAUGGUUCUCUGAGAGGGAGAAGACUGGUUUAGGAGCAGGCCAAGUGAGUGGUAGUGACAUCUAGAAUUCUGUUUUGGGCAUGUGAACCUUUGAGUAAUGGAGAUGUCAGGCAUUAAUUAAUUAAUUAACUAAUUAUAUUUUUAUUGUGUUUUAGAUGAAGGUUUACAGAAUAAAUUAUUUUUAUUAAACAAUUAAUACAAUAUUGUUUUGUGACAUUGCUUGCCAACCCCAUGAUGUGUCAACACUCUCCCCUUUUAGACCUUGGGUUCCCCGUUUCCAUUUGUCCAGGUUUCCUGUUCCCUCCUGCUUUUUUGUCCUUGCCCCUGGGCUGGUGUGCCCAUUUAGUCUCAUGUACAUGGUUGACCUAGGUGUAUUAUUCUUUGUUUUAUGGGCUUGUCUAAUCUGUGGCCAAAGGGUGAACCUUAGGAUGACUUUAGUACUGAGUUAAAAGGGUGUUCAGAGGCCAUACUCUUUUGGUUUCUCCAGUCUCUGUCAGACCAGUAAUUCUGGUCCUUUUUUGUGAGUUUGGAUUUUUAUUUUACUUUUCUCUCCAACUCUGUCCAGGGCCCUCUAUUGUGGUCCCUGUCAGAGCGGUUGGUGGUGGUAGCCGGGCACCAUCUAGUUGUGCUGAACUCAGCCUGGUGGAGGCUGUGGUAGUUGUGGUCCAUUAGGCCUUUGGACUAAUCUUUCACUUGUGCCUUUGGCUUUCUUCAUUCUCAUGUGUUCCAGACGGGAUGGGAACAGUGGGAUAUCUUAGAUGGUUGAGUAUUGAUUUAGACAUACGAACCAGAAAAACCAAACUCACUGCUGUCAAGUAGAUUCUGACUCAAAGGGACCCUAUUGUACAGAGUAGAACUGCCCUGUAGGGUUCCCAAGGCUGUAUAUCUUUAUGGAAGCAGGCUGCCACAUCUUUCUCCUGCAGAGAGGCUGGUGGGUUCAGCCCAUCUUUUGGUUAGCAGUCAAGUGUUUUAACCACUGUACCACCAGGCUCCUUAGAUAUAUAUGAACAUAUAUAUAAUAUGUAUAUGCAUAUAAAAUACAUAUGUAGUUCAUAUAAUAUAUAAAAAUAAAACAUGUAUUCCAGAAUACAGACACAUAUGCACACACUAUAUAACCAUGUAUAUAAACUCAUCAGCCUGGAGUUGGAUAGUAUUUAAAGCCAUAGGAGUGAACACCUCAUCUGGGGAGAGCCUGUAAGGCCAGAGGAUAGUUCUGGGGUUUUCAUGGCCAUUUGCUUGGGAUGGAGACUAUGAUUCAGUCCAUUAGUAUGAAGAUCAUGCAGCUGAUGUCCACUGGCUUCAGUCUCUUACGCCUACCACCAGCAGCCAUUGAGUUGACCCCGGCUCUUGUUGACCCCACAUGUGUCAGAGUAGAACUGCGCUCCACAGGCUUUUCAAUGGCUGAUGUUUUGGCAAGUAGAUUGCCAGGCCUUUCUUCUGAGGCACAUCUGGGUGGACUUGAACUCCUGACCUUUCAGUUAGCAGGCGAGUACUUAACGAUUUGCACCAUCCAGGAACUUCUGGUACCUUACAUUCAUGUCAGGGCCUGAGGAAGGGUGGGACCUGGGAUGUGGGCCACCGAUAGAGCCUGUCUCAGUAAUGGGUGGUCACCAAGGCCAGAGUGUGGUUUUUAUUUCACUGUCACCACUCUUUUCUUCCUAAUCUUUCCUCCUAAGCCCAACAGGCCGAUUGGCAGAUUCACUCUCUGAUUUAUCUCAUUUUAGACUUUAUGCUUUCUUGAAACCAUCUUCAUUUAUUAGCCUACAUUCAUUUUUUUUUUAUUUCAGUGCACCAAUCAGUAAUUAUUUCACUUGAUAAUUUUUGACAGUCCGUGGCUACAUUCACUCUUUAGCGUGAAUUCAAAUGGUGAUCUAUCGAUUUGCAAUAAUGAAGUAAAGUUGCUUUGAUGGAGGAUAGUAUAGGAAAAUAUGUGUAUUUACUCUGCCCUGGGGAGUUUGGAAACCCUGGUGGCGUAGUGGUUAAGCGCUAUGGCUGCUAACCAAAAGGUCAAAGGUCGGCAGUUUGAAUCCACCAGGUGCUCCUUCGAAACUCUGUGGGGCAGUUCUACUGCGUCCUAUAUGGUUGCUGUGAGUCAUAAUCAACUCGAUGGCAAUGGAUUUUUCCCCCCCUGGGGGGCUUUAAAUCUAGAAAUACUUAAUAGUUUUCUGAAAAGCAGAUAGAGGACUUCAGAGCAUUAAAAUUUUUAUUAAAUACCAUUUUGUCUAUUCCAUAAAUUCAUUUGAAAGGUUGGAUUUCUCUUAAUUGGAAUUGAUACCGUGGGGGAUCAGCCAUUCUGCAAAUCAUUAUUACUCUUCAUUGUGUGCAAGGCACUGUUACGGUAGAGUAUGGUAGGUGCUAUGUUACGGGAAAUUAGUACACAGCCCCCAGGAAGCCUGGAGUCCUUGGGUAGAGCAAACAGCUAAGUGCUUGCCUGCUAACUGAAAGGUUGGCGAUUUGAAUCCACCCCGGAGUGCCUUGGAAGAAAGGCCUAGUGAUUUACUUUCUGAAAAAUCAGCCACUGAAAACCCUAUGCGGCACAGUUCUGCUCUGACACAGGGGGUCACCAUGAGUCAGAGUCAACUGGACGGCAAUGGAUUUGAUUUGUAAGAGAGAGAUGAUCUUGAGCUAAUAUCUCUUAAUGGUGCUAUCAAGCCAAGUUUUUAUACUUUAGCCACUUUCAAAAUUAUGCUGGGUAGAAAUACUUAGAAUAUUGCCAUUUUACCUUUCCAUGUAUCUCUACUUACGAUAAUCCUGUUUUGAAAUUCCAAGUGAAAAACUCUGAACCAAAGUACACGACCACCUUUGUGUGUAUAAUGUACGCACAUCUAUGUGAGACUGUAACAGUCAAGGAUGAACUUCACUGGAGACUAAACAGCGGGGAAAAUGUUCUUUCUCGCUAAAAUCACAGUGUUAAAAUUCUUGGCAGCUCAGAUGGUCUCUGCUGUAGCUGUUGGUUUAAAUUUUGAUAAUUUUUUCGAAGAGCAUAUAAUAUUUAAUUCUUAGUUGGAUUGUGCAACAGAACACAGCAUUUCCAGUAAAACACAUUGCAAAUGUGAAAGUAAGCGUCCUUCCUUGGGAACUAGCAGCUCGGUAACUCCAUUGGCUCUUCUGUGGGCAUGAGCGUGACCCGUAGGUUAGAAAUUCUGGAACAGAGGGAGAAAAAUGGAUCCCGUCACAGCUAACAGGGAAGGAGGUGCUUACUGUUACUGCUUCUUUGCAGUUACUUUUGCUUUUCCUUCCUUGGUCAGGCGGGGGCGGGUAUUUGGCCUUGCAUAUCCUGGCAGGGUUGAGAGAAGCAGGCACUGACCUUCUGAUAUACUCUCUUUCAUUUUACCCCGAGCAUAUGAAUAGGCAAUCACUGUCAUCUUUUUAUGACUAAGACUUUUCUGAGUUCAGUUCUGAGCCUUGGUUGUUUAGCUUCGUGGGACAAAAGGACGUGCAGUUUUUGUACAAAACUGACCCUUCACCGUGCUAUAAAUCCAAAAACCCAGCCAAAUCUGUUGCCGUCGAGUUGACUCCGGGUCAUAGCAACCCUACAGGACAGAGUAGAACUACCCCAUAGGGUGUCCAGAGAGUAGCUGGUGGAUUCAAACUGCCGACCUUUUGGUUAGCAACUGAGCUCUUAACCACCGUGCCACUAUGAUAUAGGUUUGUAAGAAAACAAAAUAUAUAUAUAUAUACACACACACACUAAAAAAACCCCAAACCAGUUUCCAUUGAGUGGACUCCAACUCAUGGGGUCCCUGUGUGUCAGAGGAGAACUGUGCUCCACAGGGUUCUCAGCGACUGCUUUUUCAGACGUAGAUCACCAGGCCUUUCUUCUGAGGCACCUCUACGUGAACUCAGACUUCCAACCUUUGCAUUAGCAGCUGAACGUGGUGACCAUUUGCACCACCCAGGAGAUCACUCACGCCCCCCACCCUAAACAAAAAAAAAUUGUAAACUGUUUAUUACAUUUUGUUGUGGCAGCAUAGCCUGUCCCUAAGUGGCAUUAUGGGUAUUUGGCUGUUGCUAUUAUGUGCUUUGCUCCGGUUUUUGAGAUAAUGAAAUCAGGUGCCAGUUUCCAUUCUACACAUGCAUUGGGGAUGAGAACGUGAACUUUGUCCUGCAGCAUUAAGUUCUUUGGCUUUAUAGUCAAGUGACUAAUCAGUUGAAAAUGAGUAGAGGUGGAAGUAGUGUCUCAGUCGUGCUGUCAGAGAAGGCUGGCUGGAUCCACGCACACCCUGCACCCUCAGCCCCUGCUUUGGAGAUUGAGAGAGGGCUUCGUCUUUGUCCAGGGCUUGUCACGCCCUGAGCGGUUGACUCAGAUACCUCUACAACACAGAAGCCUGAUGUGGACACCAUUAUACCAGCAUGUUAAUUCACAGUGAAAAGCAUAGCUAACAUAUUCCUAGACCCAUGCGAUCAGCUCAUUCUCUCUCUGUGUCACGCUAUGUGGGAAUGUAAAUCAUGACUGGAAGCUACUUUAUGGAUUUACCUUGAGAAAUCGCUGCUCUAGUGCUGUAGGAUGCAGAAAUAGUCACGGUGCGUGCGUUCCCUAAAGAAAUAUCUAUGUGGGGUCAGGUGGUUGCUUGGUGAGCAGAGAAUGAGAACUAGGCAGUGAGAUGAAUUAACUGACUGAUUGACUGUUCAGUGGCACUGAGUUUACGUAGCCUGCUGCUCUGUUCAUCUCAGAAAGAUGUCUUCUUGUGUGGGACCUGAAACUCUUCAAAUCUUCAGCCACAACCCCAACAGUCAUCCCUCUAGGGUGACCUUGCCAGGGAAGCCAUUCUCUGACAGCCUUGUCACUGCCUGCAUUGGCUUUGUUGUUGUUGUUAGCUGCCGUCCAGUUGGCUGCAGACUCAUGGCGACCCCAUGCGCAAUGGAGUGAAAUGCUGCCUGAUCCUGCACCAGCCCCAUGACUGGUUGGGGAUUGGACUGUUGUGAUCCAUAGGGUUUUCACUGGCUGACUUUCAGAAGCAAAUCGCCAGGCCUUUCUUGCUAGUGCAUCUUAGUCUGGAAGCUCCGCUGAAACCUGUUCAGCAUCAUAGGAACACUCAAGCCUCCACUGACGGACUGGUGGUGGUUGUGCAUGAAGCGCACUGGCCGGGAAUUGAACCUGAAUUCCUGUGUGGAAAGCGAGAAUUCUACCACUGAACCACCAGUGUCUCCUAUAUCAGCUUUAAUGUCUCUGUACUUCACUGGCUUAGCCAGCCACAUGCCUCUUUUAAAGCAUGCAGUCUUGUCUUAAAUAUGCGAAUAUUCCAUCCAGCUGACUGGAGUUUGAGGGGCUAGCGAGAGGUGGGGAGUGAGGGCCACAGGUGUAAUUCUCUUUCUGCAGUUGACUUUGUAUGUGUGUGUGUGCGCUCUAUGUGAAAGUUUACAGCUCAGAUUAAUUUCUCAUUCAAAAAUUUAUAUUGUGAUGCUGGUUGCAACCCCCACAAUGUGACAGCACACUCCCCGCUUUCCACCCUGGGUUCCCUGUGUCCAUUCAUCCAGUUCCUGUCCCUUACCGCCUUCUCAUUCUGCUUUUGGACAGGAGCUGCCCGUUCAGUCUCAUAUAUUCGUUCGAACUAAGACGCGUGUUCCUCACGUGUGUGAUUGCUUGUUUUAUAGGCCUGUCUAACCUUUAUCUGAAAAGUGGGCUUAGGGAGUGGUUUUAGUUCUGAGUUAGCAGUGUGUCCAAGGGCCAUAGACUCGGGGGUUCCUCCAGUCUCUGUCAGACCUGUAAGUCUGGUGUUUUUUUCAUGAAUUUGAAUUUUGUUCUACAUUUUUCUCCCUUUUUGUCCAGGGACUGUUUGUUAUGAUCCCUGUCAGAGCUGUUGGUAGUGGUAGCCAGGCACCAUCAGGCUGGUGGAAGCUGUGGUUCUUGUGGUCCUUUCGGUUGACUUUUUUGUCCAUGGUCUAAUCCAUUACAUUUUUUCUUAACCAAAAAAUUCGUUCCCUCAUUUCCGUUGCUGGUGGAGGAGUGGUGAUGUGUGCCUCAUUGUAUUCUUUGAGUUCUCGAAAGUAUCUUGGAGACUUAGGGAUGGACAUCCCAGAAUUAUACCUUCAAGUCAAACACUGUGAACUGCAUAUCAGCAUGGAGGUAUUCAUCUAGACAAGGAAUAGGUAAAUAUGGCCCUUUGGCCAAAUUGCUGCUUGUUUUUUUAAAUAAAGUUUUAUUUAUGUUAAAAAAAAGUCAUGCCCAUUCAUUUAUUGUCUAUGGCUGCUUGUGCUCUGUAGAAUUGAGUAGUUGCGACAGAGACAUGUGGUCAGUGAAGCUCAAAAUAUUUACCUUCUGACCCUCAUCAGACAAUGUUUGCCAACUCUAAUCUAUACCUUUGUGCGUCAUACAAUUGCCUAACAUAACCUGUUGCUCCUUUCAUCUCAGGCGAGGGAUGGCUUUUCUGAUGGGUGCAGAAACUCUUCAAAUCGUUGGCCACAACCCUCUAUAGUCAUCCCACUGGGGUGACCUUGCCAGUGAAGCCACUCCCUUCUCUCCCCUCCCCACCACAACUGCCAUGUCACUGCCUACAUUGGAGAAUAUUGCAACAAGUGGGAACUCGAAGGUCCCCACCCCCAAUUCACUGAACAAAUGGAGGCUCAGAGAAGUAAUGUGACUUGUCUAAGGUCACACAGCUGUGGAGACCCAGGGCCUGAACUAAGAUCUUCCAAUUCCUAGUGUGAGCACUUGCCUCCUACUUUCUGAGGAGGGCAUUGUUGGUUUUGUGGUUUACGGAUGACGAGCCAUUGCAACACACUAAAAUAUAGCUUUUUUAGGGGCAGGAGUCAUUUUCUAAAACUGGCUUCCCCAAGUAAAAUCACCAGCCAAAUUGACAUUGAUAUUCAUUAAUCUUACAAGCAGGACCUACUAUAUGCCAGGCUCUGGGAUAAGGCUAGGGACGCUAAUGUCCUCAGGAAGUUUGGACAAAAGGAGUUGUCAAAUAUUGGCUCAUUGUUUUAUUUACAGUGUGUUAAAUGUCAUAAUAGGGCUGUGCACAGAGGCCGUGAUCCCAUAGAAGAGGGAUGUGUGAAUUCUGCCUUGGUGGGGGGAGGGGGUGUAUUGUUACAAAUGGCUCCACAAAGAUGGCGAUGUUUGAGUUUUGCCUCAAAGGAGGUAGAGUUCUUCAGGCCCAGAAUUAUUAGUUGGAAUCGACUGGGUGCCAACAGAUUUAUCCAUCUAUGCACAUACUAACCUGCUGCCAUCGCAUUGAUUCUGACUCAUAACGACCCUAUAGAACAGAGAACUGCCCCAUAGAGUUUCCAAGGAGUGGUUUGUGGAUUCGAACUGCUGACCUCUUAGUUAGCAGCCGUAGCUCUUAACCACUGAGCCACCAGGGCUCCAAAUAAGCAUUUUUCUGCAGAUUUAAUCUAUGAUUCAGAAUCAUCUCUACAGUACGCAACAACAACAACACAGAAAUGGGCACUUUCCCUCAAAUAUAUGUAGCUGAUACUGUUACUCAUAAACAAAAAGUGUUAUUAAUAAUAACCCACCCUUUUUUGUUUUUUAUUGUGCUUUAGAUGAAAGUUUACAGCGCCAAUUAGUUUCUCAUUAAACAAUUAAUACAUGUAUUGUUUCGUGACAUUGGUUGCCAGCCCCACGAUGUGUCAACACUUUCCCCUUCUCCACCUCAGGUUCUCCAUGUCCGUUUGUUCAGUUUUCCUGUCCCUGCCUUCUUGCCUUGCUUUUGGGCUGAUGCGCCCAUUUAGUUUCAUAUACGUGGUCGAACUAUUAAACACGUUCCUUACAUGUCUUAUUAUUUAUUUUAUAGGCCUGUCUAAUCUUUGGCUGAAGGGUGAACUUCAGGAAUGACUUCAGUACUGAGUUAAAUGGGUGUCCGGGGACCAUACUCUUGGGGUUUCUCCAGUCUCUGUUAGACCAGUAAGUCUGGUCUUUUUUUGUGACUUUGAAUUUUGGUCUACAUUUUUCUCCCGCUAUUGUGAUCUCUGUCAGAGCAGUUGGUAGCAGUAGCUGGGCACCAUCUACCCAUACUUAUACCCGUUGCUGUUAAGUCAAUUCCAACUCAUAGUGACCCUAUAUGACAGAGUAGAGCUGCCCCAUAGGGUUUCCAAGGAGCGCUUGGUGGAUUUGAACUGCCAACCUUUCGGUUAGCAGCUGUAGCUCUUAACCACUAUGCCACCAGGGUUUGCGGGCACCAUCUAGCUGUGCUGAAAUGAGUCUGGUGGAGGCUGUGGUAAUUGUCAUUCAUUAGUCCUUUGGACUGAUCUUUCCCUUGUGUCUUUGGUUUUCUUCAUUCUCCUUUACUCCAGACGGGGUGGAACCAGUUGGUAUAUCUUAGAUGGCCGCUUGCAGGCUUUUUAGACCGCAGAAGCUACCCACCAAAGUGUGGUGUAGAGCAUUUUCUUUAUAAUCUGUGUUAUGUCAAUUGAACUAGAUGUCCCCUGAGACCAUGGUCCCCAGCCCUCAGCCCCAGUGACUUGUUCCCUCAGGGAGUUUGGAUGUGUCUGUGAAACUUCUGUGACUUUGCUUUGGUCAAAUUGUACUGACUUCUCCAGUGUUGUAUACUGUUUUACCCUUCACCAAAGUUACCACUUAUCUACUAUUUAGUUAGUGUUUUUCCCUCCCCAGCCUUCCCCUCCCUUGUAACCAUAGUAACUUUUUUUUAAAUCAUUGUAUACUUUCUUGGGCAACAGAGAUUGAGAGUCAAACAGCUAUUGCAUGAAAUCUGCCAAAAUAAUUUGAAAAAAAAAAAAAAAUGGUUGGGAACUACUGCUGUUGAUGACAGAUCCUCAUGAGAAUUUUUGAGUUAACAAAUGGUAAAGAAGACAGCCGGCCCUCUGUAUCCAUGGAUUCCCCACUUCGGAUUCAACUAGCAGGGGACCGAAAAUAUUUGCAAAAAGAAAAGAAAACUCCAAAAAGCACAAAGCACUACGGUGAAUCCACACAAUGAAGUGAUGUGCAGCACCCCCUGCUGUAGCCCCCCGUCAUUUCACAGCUCCUCAGUCUCCCUCCAGCACUCGUUGUUUGAGCACUGUUCGCCUCACGACUCAUUCGUUCACUAGUAUUGUGUGCACCCUUUGUUUCUGGAAAGAAAAAGCCCCUAAAAAGCAAUGAAGUGGUCAAAGCAGUUGCUUCCCAGGCUAAGUAUGAGGGAUUGAGAAGAGCCAGAGGAAGGAGUUUUGGGCUAGUAAGGGAUGACAGGCUAGCACUCGAAAGUACUCCAGCCUCCAGAACUUCAAGAUCAAGGGUGAAUCGGCAUCGGCUGACACCCCGGCAGCAUCAGUGUCCCUGGAAGAGCUCCAAAAACUCACAGAAGAGAAAGGCGACCUUCCAGAGCAUGUCUUCAAUUGUGAUGAACAGCUAUUCACAGAGGAUUCACAUUGUAUUAGGUAUUAGAAGUAAUCUAGCAAUGAUUUGGAAACCUUGGUGGCGUAGUGGUUAAGAGCUACGGCUGCUAACCAAAAGGUCAGCAGUUUGAAUCCACCAGGCUCUCCUUGGAAAUCCUAUGGGGCAUUUCUACUCUGUCCUAUAGGGUCAUUAUGAGUCAGAAUUGACUCAGUGGCCAUGGGUUUGGUUUGGUUAAGAGAUGAUUUAAAGUGUAUAGGAAAAUGUGUGUAGGUUAUAUGCAAAUACAUCAUUUUAUGUAAGGGACUUGAACAUCCUCAGAUUUUAAUAUCCUUGGGGGAUCCUGGAACCAAUGAGGAUAACGAGGGACAACUGUAUAGAUUCCUGAGUCAGGCUUCUCCACAUCUUACUAACUGUGCGACUUGGGACAAGUUGUCUAACCCCUGUAAGUCUUAGUAUCCUCCAAUGUAAUAAUGAAAUAGUAGUAUUUGCCAUCUUAUUAAGUGAAAUAGUAUUUAACAUCUUAAGCUAAGAUGUCAAAGAUAAAACAAAGCAAUGUCUGAAAGGCAGAUAGCAGGGUGCCAGGCACAGAGGAUGUGCACAGUAAUGUAAGCUCUACUUAUUAUUUCAGCAGGAGUGGCAUGUUCAGAUUUUAUCUUAGAUCUGAUCCAGAGUGGAGGGUGAGUUAAAGGGGAGAGUUGUAACAUCAUUUGUUAUUCAAGUGAGCAAUAAUGGGGGCCUGGAUUAGGGCAGAGCCACGGGGUAUGGAGAGUGUGGGAAGGCGUUGAGCCCCUGCGUGGUGCCAAUGGUUAACACAUUCAGCUGUUAUUGCUCACCGAAAAUUUGGUGGUUUGAGUCUGCCCAGAGGCUUCUGGGAAGAAGGGCCUGAUGAUCUACUUAAAAAAAAUCAGCCAUUGAAAACCGUAUGGAGCACAGUUCUACUUGGACACACGUGGAGUCACCAUUAGUCAAAAUUGACUUGAUGGCAACUGGUUACAUGUCUACUUUUGAGUGUGAUGUGAGAAUCUUCAAGAACCUACCUGUUCAUGCCCAAAGGAGUGGACCAGGCAGAGAUUAGUGAAAUGCAGUUUUGUGACUUCCUGGCACAGUGUUUUGUGAGUUAUCUGGCAUGUUUCAUGCUUAUAAUUCCUAGAAUUGAGCUAGAUAAGAAUUCACCAAGGGUAAAAUUUUAAAUUAGUGAAUUAAAAACCCCCUCUUUGUGACAUCUUAAAACUAGAAUGAGAACAUAAGUAUCUUAUUCCAUUAUGAUUUAAUAUAGUCCUGCAGUUUAACCUAUACCCAUAAUUGAGUUUUCAAAGGAAUGUAUAUGAGACAAUAUGUAACAUUACAAAUUAAAAAAAAUAUAUUUAUGUAUUACUUAAUAUUUAUGCAUUUGUGCUUACAAAAAGUCAGACAGAAUAAAUAUUUAUUGUUAUCUGGGAGAUUUUUAUUUCCUCCUUUGUCAUUUUCUGUAUUUUCCACAAUGAAGAUAUGUAUAUUUAAAAGUGUUUACACUAUUUAAAAAGGAAAACAACAGCAACAAAAAGGAAAGGGUUGGAAAAACUUGGGGAAAUUCGCCCUCUCCAUCUUCUUGGGUAGGUCCUUGGGUGGCAUAACUGGCUACUAACCUAAAAGUUGGCAGUUCAGACCCACCCAGCAGCACUGUGAAAGAAAGGUCUGGUAAUCUCCUUCUGUAAAGAUGGUUAUCGUUGCUGUUACGUGUCAUCGAGCUGGUUCUGACUCAUAGCAACCCCACAUACGACAGAAUGAAACACUGCCCGGACCUGCCCCAUCCUGAUGAUUGUUGUUUGGUUCGAGCCCAUUGUCAGCCACUCUGUCAGUCCGUGUUGUUGAGGGUUUUCCUCUUUUUCACCGACCUUACCAAUCGUGAUGUCCUUCUCCAGGGACUGGUCCCUCCGGAUAAUAUGUCCAAAGUACAUAAGACAAAGUCUUGCCCUCCUUGCCUCCAAGGAGCACUCUGGCUAUACUUCUUCCAAGACAGGCUUGUUCCUUCUUCUGGCAGUCCAUGGUAUAUUCAGUAUUCUUUGCCAGCAUCACAAUUCAAAGGCAUCUGUUCUUCUUUGUCUGGACGCUUAGUCGUCUUAGUCUGGAAGCUUAGUCUUCUUAGUCUGGAAGCUCUGCUGAAACCUGUCCACCAUGGGUGACCCUGCUGGUGUUUGAAAUAUCGGUAGCAUAGCUUCAAGCAUCACAGCAACAGGCAAGCCACCGCAGUACGACAAACUGACAGAGGCCAUGGUGGCCGUAAAGAUUACAGCCAAGAAAACCCUAUGGAGCACAGCUUAACUCUGUAACACCUGGGGUUGCCAAUAGUCAGAAUCAACUUGACAGCAGUGGACUUGUGGUUUUCUUUCUUUCUUUUAAUUAGUUGGGUAGCUAUUUCACAAACGCUGGUGUUACUGGGAGCACUCCCAACUGUGUUUCAUGUCAGCCAGAUGGUGCUCUUCUGAAUCUAGCGCUCUGGAGGCUAGCUCAAAAUGGUGGGUGGAACUGAGAAAUUGGAGUAGCAGUAGUGCGUGCGGAUGAGGCCAGUCAAAAUUUGACUGAGUAUUAAGUUUUACUGAAUUAUUUUUAAUGUGAGAGUCAGGGCUAAGAGUAUAACAUAUGAUUCCUCUCAUUUACCGUGUAUUAUUUUGUAUCUGCAAAUUCUUACACACAUGGUCGCUUGCACACAUACACUACAGAGUUGCCAAGCCCUCACCACAAGAACACUGAUCCAGACCAGGAGAGUGGGGUUUGGUCUUAGUUCUGUUACUUAGUUUUAUAAUUGACUGAAUCAUUAACCUUUCUGACCCCAGCUUCUUCCUUUGUCAACUAGAGGUAAUGAUAACAGCUCUGACCCACAGCGUUAUAUUGGAUCUCCGUUUUGAAGUGACUCUAAAAUGCCUUACACAGGGGAGUGGUUUUUAAUGUUGGCUCAGCCGCUCUCCAACAUGUAGCCUAUGAGGAAGUGACAUAGCUCUCUGGGCCCGGUACUGUAAAACUAAGCCAAUUAAAUCUUAACUUUCUGUUCAUCUCAGAAACCUGAGAGAUAGCGUGUUCAGAAACAGUGGGUCAAAGGAACAUCCUCUAGGGCAGAGUUUCUCAAACAGGAGGGUGCACCAGAAUCCCCUGGAGAUCUUGUGAAACCACAGCCUGCUGGGCCCGCCCCCAGGGUUCCUGACUAUCAGGUCUGGGGUGGGGCCUGAGAACAUGCAUUUCUCACUGUUGCCGCUGGUCCAGGAACCAUGUUGUAAGGGUGUGGGUGAGUAGUGGGCGGGUGGGAGAACUCUGUGCAGUAUGAAAAAGCACACAGGUGGAUUUGAUACCCACCACCCCCACCAGUUGUCACCAAAUCAGUUGCCACUCAUGGUGACCCCAUGUGUGUCAGAGGAGAACUCUGCUCCAUAUGGCUUUCAAUGACUGAUUUUUUGGAAGGAGAUUACCAGGCUUUUCUUCCGAGGUACCUCUGGGUGGACUUGAACCUCCAACCUUUCGGUUAGAAGCUGAAUGCAUUAGCCCUUUGCAUCACCCAGGGACUCCCCUACUCCCUUUUCGCAUGCCUGUAUUUUCUGGGAUUCCUUCCUUCUUCUGAAUAUUUGGUUCUCCAUACUUCAGGCAGUAGAAACAAGAAGUGUCUCUUGGAUGGAGCUGUUUUCAUGCAUCUGGCCCAAAUGACAUUGGCCAGUCGUUAUAGCACUCACAUCAGCUGGAAUUCAGAGUGGGCUUUGCUUAUUCACACAUGUACAUGCCCCAGAGACCAAUGGUGUCCUUUGGCUUUGUUCUCCUUUUUAAAAACUCUCUGAGUAAGCUGAUUUUAUAGGAAUGUCUCAGAAAGCUAUUCCAAUAAACCCAGCAUUUGUAAACUGAAAUAGAGGAAGCAGUGCUGAUUAGCGCAAUCUUACUGAAACUUGCUCAUGUAGAGGUCCCUCUUGAUUCACAAAGUUUGGGUGGAGAUCCUCCUGUUUGUCCCUUGCCACUCCAGUGUACGGUGGAGUUUAGUUUGUGUACAUGUUGUCUACUUUUUCAGCCAAGCUUUAUACCUCUACAUGUUUCUUUCACUGGAGGGAAUGAUUCAGAGAGCGAGAGUUUGCAUUAAUUGCUUCAUCAACUGUGCGUGUGAGUCAUCUCCCGCUUGUCUUAUUAAUUCAACUGGAAGGAAGAGAAAUGUUAUCUCUGGUUCCUGAGGCCAGCUUGGGCUUCAGUUAACAGGCUACUCCCUCGUCGGGGCUUCUGAUGAUAGUUUCAUUCAUUUACUAAGGAAAUGAAUAGACUGUAAAUCUCACUGUCCCGCUGUGUAUAUGUAGAUAUAUAAAUGACAGUUACCUCAUGAUGCUUAUCAGUGAUCAGAUGCCAAAGGUAGGACGUGAGCCUUGGAAAGGCGUAGUAUGAAAGGCGAAUGGUAAAAACCAGAAGGGGUAUGUCCAGAGUCAGACCUUUGCUGAAUUCCCCUCUCCUUCUUCUGAUUUGAUUCACUGAGGUACUGAGGGAGGAAGGGAACAAUUUCCAAAUUACACUGUCUUCAGUUCUUUUUGUGUCUAACUUGGUAGUUGGAUUCUUUUCAAAGAUAAUUUUAUGCCUUUUCUACUUGUUACGUUCAGCUCACGCAUGUCUUCCUGUUUGGCUUGUACCUUCCCCUUCUGACUCAGUCUUCUCUAUUUCUCUUCUCACUACACCAGGCCACUGCUCUUCCUCUGCCUUGGCGUUUCUCACUACUCCCUCCCUUGCACGGCCUUUUCCACUCAAGCGUGAUUCUGUUCACUUUUCCUUUGUAAAGAAGAGGGAGGACCCCCAGGGCUACCAUAUGUGGAAAGUACAGCUGUUUGUUAAAUUAAUAAAUUUACUUUUGUUGUGGGAAAAUGCACACAUCUUAGGUAAACAAUUCCAUGAGUUUUGAUAAAUGUCCAUAUGCACGUAAUGACCACUGGAAUCAAGAUGAAAGGCAUUUCCAUCACUCCAGAGAGAAUCUUUGUACCCACCCUCUUCCUGUCAGUUCCCACCACCUCAUAACACCAGUUGCAUCCAGUAGAAUGUGACUCAUGGUGGCUCCAUGUGUGUCAGUAGAACUGUACUGCACAGGGCUCUCAAUGGCUGAUUUUUUGAAGAUAGAUUUCCAGGCCUUUCUUCUGAGGAGCCUCAGGGUGGGCUUGAACCUCUAACAUUUUGAUUAAGUGCGCUAACUCGGUUUGUGGCAACCCCAUGUGCGCAGAGUAGAACUGCGCUCCAUAAGGUUGUCAAGGCUGUGACCUUUCAGAAGCAGCAGAUUGCCAGGCCUUUCUUCUGAAGCACCCACGGGGGGAUUAAAAAUGCCAGCCUUUGAGUUAGUAGUCAGUGCUUAACUGUUUAUGACACCCAGGGACUCCUCACUGCUCCAAACCAAAAAAAAAAAAAAAAGACACCAAAC